AUGAUGGCGCAGUGGUACCAGCUGCAGAUGUUGGACGGUAAGUACCUGGAGCAGGUGGACCAGCUGUAUGAUGACUCCUUCCCCAUGGACAUCCGGCAGUACCUCAGCCAGUGGAUCGAGAGCGUCGACUGGGAAGCGGUGACCGACAACGAGUCCCUGGCCACGGUGCGCUUCCACGAGCUGCUGUCCCAACUGGACGACCAGCACAGCCGCUUCGCUCUCGAGAACAACUUCCUGCUCCAGCACAACAUCCGCAAGAUCAAGAGAAACCUGCAGGACCGCUUUCAAGAAGAGCCCGUCAUUAUGGCAGGGAUCAUCUCCAGGAACCUGAAGGAGGAGCAGAAGAUCCUGGAGUCUGCCAAGAGUGUGGAGCAGCAGGGGGAGGGCACCGGGUCGGCCAUGGUUCUGGAGAAACAGAAGCUGGACAACAUCGUCAAAGAGAUCAAAGAGAAAGUUCAGUUGGUGGAUCAGAACAUUAAAACUCUGGAGGAUCAACAAGACGAGUGCGACUUCAGAAUGAACACACUCAGAAACCCAGAGAAUGAGAAGAACGGGAUGACGCCAAAGGAGCUGGAGCAAGAAAAGCUUCAUCUCAACAGAAUGUGUUUGGAACUGAAAGCAAAGAGACAAGACGUGGUGGUGAAGCUGGUGGAGCUGCUGAACCUGAGCCACAGCCUGGUCCUGAGCCUGGUGUCCGAGGAGCUGCCUGAGUGGAAAAUGGCUUCCCCUCCUGAGGCGCGGCUGAUCCGGGUUUUUGCCUCUGCAAACAGCCCGGGACGCGGCCGCUUGGCCUGCCGGUACUGA